AUGGUGCUCGAGGCUACAAUGAUCUGCAUCGAUAAUUCUGAAUGGAUGCGCAACGGAGAUUACUCGCCCACUAGGUUUCAGGCUCAGGCCGACGCUGUUAAUCUGAUUUGUGGCGCUAAAACCCAGUCCAAUCCGGAAAAUACCGUGGGGGUAUUGACAAUGGCUGGCAAAGGUGUCCGUGUUCUGGUUACUCCUACUAGCGAUCUUGGGAAGAUCUUGGCCUGCAUGCAUGGCUUAGAAAUAGGUGGUGAAAUGAACUUGGCAGCUGGGAUCCAGGUUGCUCAGUUGGCUUUGAAGCAUCGCCAAAACAAAAAGCAGCAACAAAGGAUAAUUGUGUUUGCUGGAGGUCCUGUAAAAUAUGAUAAGAAAGUAUUGGAGAUGAUUGGGAAGAAGUUGAAAAAGAACAGUGUAGCCCUUGAUGUUGUGAAUUUUGGUGAAGAGGAUGAAGCAAAGGCCGAAAAGCUUGAGGCUCUGGUUGCUGCUGUAAAUAAUAAUGACAGCAGUCACAUUGUUCAUGUUCCGGCUGGAUCUAAUGCUCUCUCUGACGUUCUUUUGAGUACUCCUAUCUUCACUGGCGAUGGAGAAGGUGGAAGUGGUUUUGCAGCAGCAGCUGCAGCCGCUGCAGCUGGUGGUGUAUCUGGUUUUGAUUUUGGUGUAGAUCCAAAUCUGGAUCCUGAGCUUGCACUUGCUCUUCGUGUGUCAAUGGAAGAGGAGAGAGCAAGGCAAGAAGCUGCUGCAAAGAAGGCUGCAGAUGAUUCUUCAAAGCAAGAUAAAGAAGGAGAGUCUACUUCACAAGAUGCAACUAUGUCUGAAAAUGUUGGCACUUCAGCUUCUGAAUCUGAGAAUAAAAAGGAUGAUUUAAUGGAUGAUGAGAAUGCGCUGCUACAGCAAGCUCUUGCCAUGUCAAUGGAUGAUCCUGCUGCUACUGUUACAACUAGAGACACUGAUAUGUCAGAGGCAGCCACUGAUGAUCAAGACUUGGCACUUGCUCUACAAUUGUCUGUGCAAGAAGGUGCAAAAGAUCAAUCAGGCCAAGCAGAGAUGGACAAGCUGUUGGCAGAUCAGUCAUUUGUGUCAUCAAUUCUUGCUUCACUCCCAGGAGUCGACCCCAAUGACCCUUCGGUCAAAGAUUUGCUUGCUUCAAUGCAAAAUCAAGCUGAGGCUGAGCAGAAGAAAGAUGAGGACAAAGCACCCAAGGAAGAUGACAAGUGAUGUUAUCAGUACAAUCCCAGGUUACAAGGUGUGGUGCAUUUGAUCUUUGAAUGAAGUGGGGGAUGGGGAAUGUAUGAAAUUUGUUAGGAAGGAUGUUGUGGUGUUUGUUUAUCAAACUUUUAAGCUGGUACUUGGAUCAUCAAGUUCUUCCUCUACCCAUUAUUAUUCCUUUAAAAUGAUCAAACCUUUUCUUCUACCCUAUUACUAUUACUAUUAUCAUUAAUAUUAUUAUUGUUAUUGUUUUGCUCAAUAUGGAUCAUGGCAGGCAAUUGGCAACCACAUUCUGGUGUUGUCCAUUCAUUG